AUGCUCUUUGCCAGCAGGCACUCAUUACGGCUCUUCACGGCAGCCAGCAACCCCGCGACACUGCCGGCAAUUUCUCACUCAUUCCUCCUCAUUUCCGCGCUACAAUCGACACUUUUACCCCUCACGAUGCCUAUUUCGUGCCACAGUGGUCCUCACCAGGCCGCCGUACCGUGUAUUCAUGGCCACUUCAUGCAACGUUUCACGCUACGAGUGGCCUGCUCGCCUCUCGCCUACAAAAGGGGCUGCAUCCGAAACCGUACGGUUUUUUCCGCUUAUACCCCCCCUCCCUUCCCUGUGCGAGACCCCCUCCCUCUCCCUCCCCUCUCCACCCCUCCGCGCCGGGCGUGUCGUGCUCCGGUUCCCGGCUUGCGCGUCGAUCUGAUCAGCUAUGGAGCGCAUACGCAAGCUCUCUUCCUCGUUGGUCAGGCAAGUCUCUUCGUCCUCCUCCGCCAUCAGCAUGUCGUUUACUCAUGUGAUACUCGCAGGCCUUUCGUCAACGGCGCGGAGGAGCAGAAACCUACAUUGCAACGCUCUCGCUCCGCAUCUGUCCAGACAAGUACCGUCCACCGCCCGCGGCGGCCCAGGUCCCACGGCGGCAGGCCGAUCCACAAACGCGACAUCAGCGGGCCUGUGCUGCAAGUGGAUUCGACGACAUACGUACAGUGGGCAUCGGAUGAUGACCUUCUCCCUCCGCCCACACCCGAGGUCAGACAACUUAUCGAGUCAGACCGGGCGGGCAGAGAGCGCGCCGUCAAGCCACUCUGGCCCAACGACGCGCACACGCACGCAACCUCAAGGCACCAUCAGGUGUCCGCAGCCCAGAAGACGCAUCAGCAGGGCCGCACCUCGCACUCACGCGAUUACGACGCCAAGCCGUUGCCCUCCCUUCCUCUGCGCCGCCCUCCGCUGGCAGCGGUCACCCCAAAAUUCGACAAGGAACAAGCGCAAGGACUCUCCAGCGGGACUAGAGAGCCCCUACGCGUGUACAACCCGCCUGUGCACCACUCGUCGAGCCAGGACCAGCUUGACGCUGCGGCACAUCGCUCCGCGAGCGACCCGCACAUGACCUUGUCCCAAUUGCGCCCAGUGAACGUGCAGCCGGGUUACAAGCCGUUCUUGCAGCGCAGCCUGACAAGCCCAUCGGUGAGCCCUGUGGACAGAGAGCCUCAUGGAGAUGCGGCGAUGCCUCGGUCGGCGAACGCGGUGAUGCAAGGCACGCAGCGCGUGGCCGAGCAGACAGUGUACAUGCCUCCGAAGCAACGGAGGAUUCACGAGGACGCGUAUGGCUAUUCCAAGAGCGAAGAGCACCUCGUAUACGAGCCGCCUACAACCCAGCGUUUCAACCCAUUCCUGCCUGUGCCCACCAAGGCUGCGUCGGCAGGUAGCAUGGAAUCGAAGCAGGGGCGUACGUCGCCGAAGAUCCGCCCGCAGCCCGGCUCGCGCUCCCCAAGUGAGCAGAGCAUCUCACACGACAUGGCGAUGGCGCGGGCCCUGCAGCCAUCGCCACAUAGUGCUUCUGUGCACGGUGUGGACAGGAGGCAGUAUCCCUCGAGACCGUCCACGCCGCUUAGGAUGUGCGCAUAUACCGCGCAAGAUCUCCACGAACGUGCGAAGGACGCUCAUAUUAAGACUGGCGAGACCAAGACACGCCCUCAGCAGCCCGUGGGCGAAGAUCAGCGAGCGAAGGAUAAUGGGAAACAUGAGCGGCAUACGCAGGGUGUGGACACACGUCACAAGCCAGAUCCGCAUCGUGUUCAUCGCCAAAACUCAAAUGCUGACGCUUCACAGAGCGCCCGGCCACUCGUGAUUCGCAAAAAAUCAUCCAACGCGACUCUCCCACAGUCUGCUCCCGCGCUGUCGUCGGCCUCUAGCUUCCACCGUCAGCACAGCAGCUCGUCCGACGUGUCGAGCCAUAGCUCCAGAAAAACGGAUGGUGCUUCCAGGACGGUUGAAUCGAGGUCCGCACACGCGCUGCGCGUUGUGGAGUCUACUCGUCCCGCUCCCUCUGUUGGAACUCUCAGUGGACCUUUGAAUAAUGCGCCGACAUCGCGCUCUCAUCUUCGUGACGCUGGAUCGGCCAGGACGGGUAGUUGCGAGUCUCUCCGAGGCGUCCAUGGCGAAAUCUCCUCCAAGACCGCCGUAUCGUCAAGUCGUCGGAAUGAAGAGGCCGCAAGCGCUACGUCUCAGCGUCGCAAUGCCCAGCCAUCUGCAAAGAAGGGGAGCCGUCCGCUGUACAGUUCAGAAGCAGCGUCGUCGCAGACGUCGUUCAGUAGCAAGCUGUCUGCGAAGAAGGAUGGCCGUUCGCUCUACAGCUCAGAAGCUGCAUCGUCGCAAGCUUCGCUGUCCAGCAGUACUCGUCGUCGCCCACAGUUGAGCAACAUCGUGGUGACAUCGCUUCUCGACUUCCCGCAAGACGUGGAUGAGAAGAGCCUCGAGUCGCCCUCUGUCUACUCUGAACAUUCCCUGUAUCGUUCUCCGGCUCCGUCAAAGCCGUCGCCGUUCCCACUGCCCGAUAUUGAUAUUCAGGCCAUCUUAAAUUCCAUCCGACUCCCUCAAGAGCGGUCCUCGGAAUAUGGGCUCGACGUCAAGUGCAAGCCUGCGAAGCAGCGCGUCAGUAUGACUCCCUCAAGCAGGGGCUCCUUGCUGUCGUGUGCCACGGAGGAAGUUGUUAUUAUGCCUGACGGACCACACUAUGCCAGCAACCCGCCGGCUCCACGCGCACGCCACGAAAAGUACGCCGCGAAGCCGGCCACGAAGACAGGAGGGUACCGUUAUCACGACGAGACACGAAAGGAACGGGAGAAGCCCGAUGCGCAGGCGCGGCCCUACGUCGAGUACAGCUACCACAGGUUGGAUAGCAGGGCCAUUCGGUCUGCGCUGCGAUCUUAG